AAAAAUAUUCUUUUAUGUAGAGUAAGGAAUAUAUUAUUAUUUUCUGAUGUUAUAUUUAAUCUCACUGCUUUGGGACACAAACAGAAAAAAGAUACAAAUUUGGUGCAUUCUCUUACUGAUGAGAUGAUACAACAGCACACACAUAAGUUAAAUAAUUUGAAUACAACCAAGGAAAAUAAUCAAACUCAUAAAAAGUUAUUUGAUAUCUUGAUGGACGCAUCCUGUGAAGAAAAUUUCACGCAAGAGGAUAUUCGCGAUAAUGUAAUAACAAUGUUAUUAGCGGCGAGUGACACAAUCAGUAUUACGAUGAAUUUUAUUGUCUACAUAUUAGCAAAUUUCCCAAAAAUACAAGUAUGUAUUCAUUCCAAGACAAUUAAAUUUACUAAUUAA